CUGCAUUUUGUUUUAUUUCCAUAAAAUAUUGAUGGAACAUAAAAAUACCAGAAAAUAUCUCUCGUGGUGAAGUGAAUAUUUGAAUAUCCAACUUACGGUUACACUGGCAUAAUGGUAAACAAAUAAAUAUCGCUAUUAAGAAAAAUGGAGGAGGAGGAAGUAUGCCGGGUUUGCCUGCAACAGGACGGCGAUAUGAUCAACAUAUUCGAGGGUAUGCAGGGCCUGGAGAUGUCCAUUCCGGAUAUGAUUGCCCAGUGGUCCGGCUACCAGGUUGAGAAAGGGGAUUCCCUUCCGGAAACCAUAUGUCCCACCUGCUUGCAGGAUGCCCGAGCGGCAUUUGGCAUUAUCCAAAAGCUGCAGAAGGCGGAAGGCAGAACGGAAAACCCUUUGGGCCGUACAGAUGGAGGAGAAUCGAAUAAAGCCCAGGAAUACCAGGUUAAGAACGAGCCUGUUGACGAGGACAUAUUUCUGGAGGCAGCCUGUAAAGCAAUGGAUAGCCAACUAUUCGAGCAAGAUGUCUGCAAGAUUGAAGUCGUUGAAACGGAUCUAUCCAAUAGGCACAACUACAUAUUAUCUGCCUUAGAUCUGGAUCUGGAUAAUAUAACCAAGACAACGGACUUGCCGUCCCGUGUGAAACGGCGUUACAAGUGUUCCCUGUGCCCCAAAUCUUUUGCGGAUGCCUCGCAGUUUAGUCAACACAUUGUGACCCAUUCGGAGGAAAACGGCGAUGGUCAGAAGUCUGACAUUACUGAAUCAGAUUUCAGCACCACUGAGUUCGAAGGCGACAAUUAUUAUCCCGAUUCGGAGGCAGACGUGCCAUCCGAAAAGCCUCAAAUAAAACGGAGCCGAAAGACUUCUGCAUCCCCCGCCAAAUGCAAGAAGAACAACCCAACCCAUUUGCAUGAUACAACUGAUAAAACGACUCCGGAUUUGCCUGCAUCGGAACGUAUACCCACGCUUUACAUGCCCUACAAAUGUAAUUACUGCUCGCAAACGUUUCAGGACAAGGAUUCCUAUAGAUCGCAUGAACUAAAUCAUGGCAAGCGGUUCCGCUGUUCCGAUUGCUCAAAGACUUUUGCCGAGGCCUAUCAGUUAAAGCGACAUAUUCUGAGCCAUUCCGAGCAUCAAGCCGAGAAGCCAAAGGCUCCUUCGUCAGAUCCACCGGGUCGAGUGUUCAAGUGCCCCAAGUGUCCCAAGGCGUUUCCGUAUGCCUCCAGUUGCAGUCGUCAUCUGCUAAGUCACUCGGAGAUACGGCCGUUCAAGUGCCCCCAGUGUCCGAACUCCUUUGCCCGUCCCUAUGCCCUCAGAGACCACUUUACUAUCCAUUCCGGGGAGCGGCUGUACAAGUGCGAUCAGUGUCCGAAGGCCUACAUGAAGGCCCACCACCUCAAGCACCACCUGUUGACACAUGCCAGUGAAAAUAAUGAAAAGAAAGAAAAGCCGCACAAGUGCUCCCAAUGCCACUGGUCCUUCCUGUCCAAAUCGUCUCUAAACCGACACAUCCGGUCGCACUCCUCCGAAAAGGCCCACAAGUGUGACGACUGCUCAAGGGCUUUUCAUCGAGCUUGCGAUCUGAAAGUCCAUAUCCGUACCCACACUGGCGAAAAACCCUACAAGUGCGGCUGCUGUUCGAGGUCUUUUUCGCAUAGAACCAAUAUGCUGAAGCACCAAAGGCAGUGCCAACUUUAAAAGACAAUUUGGUUUGUGUACAGAAUUCUUUAGAUUAAUUAGGAACAUUAAAAAAAACAUUGUAAUCAAAGCAAAACUGACUAGUUACGUUUAAAGCGAA